GCUGUGAAUAGGCCCGGCUGGGUCCUGGAAGCCAUUAGGUAGACCAGCGAGUAUAAAACCGUAGUCUGAAGGGCGUGGAGAGACAUAUAUUUAUGGCCAGCCGGUUCCAUGGUUUUUCUACUUUGCUUGAAAACCACCAUAACCAUAUAUUUUUCUGCAGUUUACCAGUCUUCACCUUCCCGACCUCAUCAUUGUAGAGCAGCAUGAUAGCCUCCGCCUUAUCAUGGUCUUUUUAACUCCCUUGCAGGAAGCUGUCAGCUUCGCGUACUCAAGUUAGUAUAACUUGAAGACUGCGAAAGGCGAUAAAACGCUGGCGUUGCGCCCUUUUGCCUGCGGUCGGACAGUUGUGGGAUGACGAUGAUGACUCAUCAAAAUUUGUCACAUGAUAUGAUUAUAUAACGAAUUUCUAUUCAUUACUAAGCAUUAUUAGAGAAUACUACAUUACGUGAUUGAUUUUCACGUGGUCUCGGGAUAUAUCGGACCAAGGCCGCCAGGAGCGGGAGGAGCCGGGCUCCCCUCCGCUGUCCCAAAAAGAGUAAGGUGUAUAUCCACGUGACCCCUCUGAAACCCGCCCAUCCCUCUAUGUACGAGCCCUCCAGGCGAUCAUUCGAGAAGAAAAAAAGGCCGUCUAGCAAGGCGAAAAGGUGAAAGGAGAAGAAAGGAACUCCUGCUGUUUCUUUAAUACCUCAAUUGGGCCCAGACAGCCAGCCGAGACACGCAUUGGAGACGCAGGUCAGCAUAUUAAGUCAUCCCAUAGAGCCAACUACUACUACUAGUUAGGCCUGCCCCUCCAUCUUCCCCCACCAGCAACUUCUCCCCGACAUCCCGGCAGGACAAGAUAUAUAAACCACUAAACCGCCCGGACACUGGACAAGCCCGUCAUCUUCACCUACAAUCACCACUGACCAACCGACUGAACCACUGCAAAUACCGCAGACAUGGCCAUUACCAAGAUCCACGCUCGUUCCGUCUACGACUCUCGCGGCAACCCAACCGUUGAGGUCGACGUCGUCACCGAGACUGGCCUCCACCGCGCCAUCGUCCCAUCUGGAGCUUCCACCGGUUCGUAUCACCGAUGACCGGCUGUACACUUCUCUCUUCUGCGGCCAUUGAAACGCGUGAUAUGCUAACGGGACCUGCAGGUCAGCACGAGGCUUGCGAGCUCCGUGACGGAGACAAGACCAAGUGGCUUGGAAAGGGUGUCACCAAGGCCGUCGAGAACGUCAAUUCGAUCAUUGGUCCAGCUCUUACUAAGGAGAACAUCGAUGUAAAGGACCAGUCCAAGGUCGACGAGUUCCUGAACAAGCUCGAUGGCUCUGUCAACAAGUCCAAGCUUGGUGCCAACGCCAUCCUCGGUGUCAGUUUGGCCAUUGCUAAGGCCGGUGCCGCUGAGAAGGGUGUCCCACUGUACGCUCACGUCUCCGACCUUGCCGGCACCAAGAAGCCAUACGUCCUUCCAGUGCCUUUCCAGAACGUUCUAAACGGUGGUUCUCACGCUGGUGGCCGUCUCGCUUUCCAGGAGUUCAUGAUCGUCCCAAGUGCCGCCCCAUCCUUCUCUGAGGCCCUCCGCCAGGGUGCUGAGGUCUACCACAAGCUUAAGUCCCUUGCCAAGACCAAGUACGGCCAGUCUGCUGGUAAUGUUGGUGACGAGGGUGGUGUUGCUCCUGACAUUCAAACCCCAGAGGAGGCUCUUGACCUCAUCACCGAGGCCAUUGAGCAGGCUGGUUACACCGGCAAGAUCAAGAUCGCCCUCGACGUUGCUUCCAGCGAGUUCUACAAGGCCGACGAGAAGAAGUACGACCUUGACUUCAAGAACCCUGAGUCCGACAAGAGCAAGUGGCUCACUUAUGAGCAGCUCGCCGACCUCUACAAGGCUCUUGCUGCCAAGUACCCCAUUGUCAGCAUCGAGGAUCCCUUCGCCGAGGACGACUGGGAGGCCUGGAGCUACUUCUUCAAGACCUCUGACUUCCAGAUUGUUGGUGAUGACCUGACUGUCACAAACCCCCUCCGCAUCAAGAAGGCCAUCGAGCUCAAGUCUUGCAACGCCCUCCUGCUCAAGGUCAACCAGAUCGGUACUUUGACAGAGUCCAUCCAGGCCGCCAAGGACUCCUUUGCUGCCGAUUGGGGUGUCAUGGUCUCCCACCGCUCCGGCGAGACCGAGGACGUCACCAUCGCUGACAUCGUCGUCGGCCUGCGCUCCGGCCAGAUCAAGACCGGUGCCCCUGCUCGCUCCGAGCGUCUCGCUAAGCUCAACCAGAUUCUCAGAAUCGAGGAGGAGCUCGGCGACAACGCCGUCUAUGCCGGUGAGAAGUUCCGCACUGCCAUCAACAUCUAAGCGCAGUUUUGCUGCUGCCGAUAAGUAAAUCGAAACCAACGCCCUGCGCGAGAGCUGUCUACCUAUACGCCAGCCCGGCAACAGUAACCAUCAGUGACGAACUGGGGGACGUAGUUAAACAAGCAAGCAACCAUGCUGCCAACAAAAUAUAUGUAUUAGAGAAAUGAACCAAAAAAUAUUACGAGCUAACCUCGCGCUUAUUUUACUCCGUAAUCUCCGGUAUUAGGUUGUUUCU